AUGAAUAACUUCCAACUCUUCGACAGCAGCCUCAUUCUUUAACAACAACUUCUCCUCUAACAAAUGUUUAUUUACAAUCAAAUGCUUGUUUAAAAGUAAUAUUUUACCUCCUAACCUUCACUAUAGAACUAAAAUGCUAUCCAAACCUUAACAGUAGCCAAUAAUACCAAAAGCAACUGAAGAAAAUGAGUCCUCCUCUCCAUCCAUUUCAAAAUUGGAGGAAACACAUCCAGUUAAGCCAUUAACAUUGAAAUAAUCCAAAAAACAUGAAAAAUUGACUCAAGAAAAGAAGCCUAAGAGAUAAGAGGACAAGAAUAUUGAGAAUAAGGAAACUUCUUAAAAGAAAAAAAUAUUUUUAUCGAUGCUUGAUAUUAAAGAAGCCCAAUAUAAGAAGUACAUAUAAUUGUUUAUCAAUUAGAUUCAAAGUUAUUGAGAUAGAUCAAGAAAAAAAGGCUAUUAUUUCUACUCAAACCGAACAAUGA